AUGGAGAUGGAGAAGAAGGAUAUAGGUUCAUCGACGAUCGCCAUGGACUCUGUUGGUUUCGAUAAUGAGAGUAAUAAUUUAUCUGGAAAUCUAUUCAUGUCUUCUAUUGCGUCUCAGAAUGAUCAAUCAGAUUUCGAUUUCGGUUCUGGUGAAUUAUUCAAUCCUGCAUCGUUCUGUUCCUCGAUUUUCCCGCCAAAAUUCAUUUCGCAGUCACAGCUGUCGUUCUCUUCUCCUUCCGACUGCUCGUUCGAUGACGACGCUUUCAGCGCCAAUGCAUACGCAACCGAGAAUCGACUUAGUCAAGCCAGCUUCAUCCUCGAGUACCAGCAGCUCUACAAUUGCUACACCGUGUGUCUCACGAGCCUCCAGGACUCUGUCAAAGAGGUUGACGCUCUUCGUCAAGAGAAUGAAGCUCUCCGCGUCGCUAAUGGCGAUUUGGUGCAGAGGUUGAACCUGUUCUCGCAAGCGACGAUGCAGAACCGCCUCGCAUCCUCUGUGCGUUCUUCCUCGUCUCCGUCGUCUACCUUAAUCGGAGACUUCAGUCGUCUUGGCAUCGGAUCUCCGUUUAGUGAAAGCAACGCCUCUGUUGAAAAAGUUCCUAGCGUAAGUCCGACGAGCGUGAUCGAACCAAAACAGUUUACGAGGCACAAUGGCGAGAGAGUUUCAAUGCCGAAAAGCAUUUCUGUUCGUUCCAAGGGUUAUCUGAAAUCGGUUCCUUCUCAACGACCGAGUCGCCAACAAGCUCCAACUGCUCAAUUAGGUCAAUCGACACAGCAACGUGUACGUGUGUCUAGGGAGAAGAAAUCACGAGAGGGAUUGGAAUUCGAGGUCUACAAUCAAGGAAUGUCGAAGACUGAGCUCUGCAACAAAUGGCAGGAGACCGGAGCUUGCCCUUAUGGAGACAAUUGCCACUUCGCACAUGGAAUAACUGAAUUACGACCAGUAAUAAGGCACCCUCGCUACAAAACGGAGGUCUGCCGUAUGGUCCUCGCCGGCGACAUCUGCCCUUAUGGUCAUCGUUGUCACUUCCGCCAUUCUCUCACUGAUGAAGAGAUGCUUCUGGGCCUGAAUCCACGCUGAUUAAUUGAGGAGUGAGGUUAUGUAAAUCAAAUUAAAGGUCUGUCUUCUUCGAUCUUUUAAUUUCAUGGAAUCUAAAAUAAGUAAUUGUGUAGAGUAAUUAAGUAUAUACCCUAGAAAUUGAUGAUUAUAC